AUGUCCAAAACAUUCUCAAAGGAAGACGUCGCAUCGCAUAACAAGCCAGAUAACCUCUGGGUUGUUAUCGAUGAAGAUGUGUAUGACUUGACUAAAUUUCAGGACGAGCACCCUGUUCUGUCGCGAGUCGGAGGAAAGGAUGCUUCGAAGCAGUUCUGGAAGUAUCACAACGAAGGGAUUCUCAAGAAGUACAAAAGCAAGCUGCAGGUUGGUUCCUUGAACACAAAAGCCGCAGAUGCGUCGGCACCGGAACCAGCAGCAGCCAAGGAAACCCCCAAGCCUCAGCAGGCAGCUCCAGUGGACGUUGGAUCGGCCAAGUCGUCCGAGCCCCAAGAACCUUAUGGUGACUUGAUUCCCUUCGCCGAUCCCUCAUGGUAUCAAGGUUACUCCUCUCCAUACUUUAACCAGACUCAUGCAGCCCUCCGCGCAGAAGUUCGCCAAUGGGUUGAGUCUGAAAUUGAGCCCUAUGUGACCGAAUGGGAUGAGGCCAAGAAUGUUCCCGAUCAUAUUUACAAGCAGAUGGGUGAACGGGGUUACCUUGCCGGAUUAUUGGGUGGCAAAUUCCCUGUCGACCACACGAAGAACCGUGUGCAGUCUGUCGCUCCUGAAAACUGGGACUUGUUUCACGAGAUGCUUCUUACCGACGAGCUGUCCCGCGCCGGUAGUGGUGGUCUUGUCUGGAAUUUGAUCGGUGGCUACGGUAUCGGCUGCCCCCCACUAGUCAAAUAUGGCAAGAAGCCUCUGGUUGACAGAAUUCUCCCCGGUAUUUUGAAUGGCGAUAAGCGUAUCUGUCUUGCUAUCACCGAGCCGGAUGCUGGAAGCGAUGUUGCCAACCUUACCUGCGAGGCUAAACUCACCCCCGAUGGCAAGCACUACAUUGUCAACGGUGAGAAGAAGUGGAUUACCAACGGUGUCUAUGCCGAUUACUUCACCACCGCUGUUCGUACGGGCGGGCCCGGUAUGAAUGGUCUUAGUGUCCUUCUCAUUGAGAGAGAGCACGGCGGAGUCAGCACGAGACGCAUGGACUGCCAGGGUGUCUGGAGCAGCGGCACGACUUAUGUCACCUUCGAGGAUGUGAAGGUGCCGGUGGAGAACCUCAUUGGAAAGGAAAAUCAGGGUUUCAAGGUCAUCAUGACCAACUUUAACCACGAGCGUAUUGGAAUCGUCAUCCAGUGUUGUCGGUUCGCUCGUGUGUGCUACGAGGAAGCGGUGAAAUAUGCCCACAAGCGUAGGACGUUCGGCAAGAGACUCAUCGACCACCCUGUCAUCCGUAUGAAGCUCGCACAUAUGGCCCGUCAGAUUGAAGCGACGUAUAACUGGCUGGAAAAUAUCAUCUACCAAUGCCAGUCCAUGGAUGAGACUGAAGCAAUGCUCAAGCUGGGCGGUGCAAUCGCAAGUCUCAAGGCUCAGUCGACGACCACCUUCGAGUUCUGCGCUCGUGAGGCCAGUCAGAUUUUCGGUGGUCUGAGCUACAGCCGCGGAGGCCAGGGCGGUAAGGUGGAGCGGCUAUACCGUGAUGUUCGUGCCUACGCUAUCCCUGGUGGAAGUGAGGAGAUCAUGCUGGACCUGAGUAUGCGCCAGAGUCUCCGUGUGCACAAGAUGUUCGGUAUGAAGUUGUAA